UAUAAGACAGUACUCAUUAUUUGAAAACAAGUGCGCCAAUUGUCUGUACCUACCCUACUGUUAUUGUACAACAGCCCGCAUUGUGAAAACUAUAGUAAACGAUUGAUGCUAUACUGAUCCUUAUAACACAGUGAAACGGCCUGUUUUCAUGUGAUCAAUUCAAUUGUUAUCUUCUGAGGCAGUAGAUCUAACUAAAUCGAAAAUGGCAGAUAGUAACAAGGAUGUCAUGCAGCCAGCAACGUUGCAAGAGGCUAUAAACAUAAUCACAUUCCUCAAAUUAUCACACAAAAAUGAAAUAGCAAAAAUUAAAGAAACAUGCGUUAAACAAUCAGAAGUAAUAAAGAAGUUAGAAAUAAAUAGAACAAAAGAACUUGAAUAUCUAUCAAGUGAACUCCAAAAGUAUGAAUUAAACCUAGCAUUAAGAACAGAAACAGUUAAAAAACAACUAACUCAAAAAGAUGAAAUCAUACAAAAACAGCAAGAAAUAAUAGAUGAACUAAAUCAAAAGUUGAAACUGAAGGAAGAUUGCACUGUGCCCGAAAUUAGUAUAAAUAUUGAAUCGAAUUCAGAUUCCGGAAUCGCCAUGGAAAAUGACGAUAGUAUGGAUAAACCAGAUCCAGUAAAGACUGAACCAAAAACAACCAGAAAGUAUAGUCGACGAUUCGCAGAUCCUAUUAGUUUUCUACGUAGAGUCGAUUUUUCUCCUAUGAAAUAUAAGCCGAGUAAUCGAGAAGGUGCUAAAAAGAAAGAAGAGAAAAAGAAAAAUUUAGAAGUACCUUGCACAGAAAAGAGGGUUUUAGUACGACAGUUUAGUAAUGAAAAAGUUACGAGUGAUGAUGAUAGAGUCUUCGAGGAUACUGUAUUCUCGGAUGACACGACAGAAACCGUUUUAUUAAGACCUACAAAGAAAAUGAACGAUAGCAUGAAUAAUCAUUUUUCUGAUGAUGGUAGUGAGGAUACCAGUGAAGAAAUAUUCGACAGGGUUAUGACAAGAAGUAGCAUUAGAAGAUCUGUUAAAGCUAAUCCUAAGUAUAAGAAAAUAAAUAGAACGAAAUCAAAAUUGUUAGAACAAGUAAAAGUCAAUAUUGUUGAUUAAUUAUAUGU